AUGGUGCAGCAGCGGGGCGCGAGGGCCAAACGGGACGGCGGGCCGCCGCCCCCCGGGCCCGGGCCGGCCGAGGAUGGGGCGCGCGAGCCCGGUUGGUGCAAGACCCCGAGCGGCCACAUCAAGAGGCCGAUGAACGCGUUCAUGGUGUGGUCGCAGCACGAGCGGCGGAAGAUCAUGGACCAGUGGCCCGACAUGCAUAACGCCGAGAUCUCCAAGCGCCUGGGCCGCCGCUGGCAGCUGCUGCAGGACUCGGAGAAGAUCCCGUUCGUGCGGGAGGCGGAGCGGCUGCGCCUGAAGCACAUGGCGGAUUACCCGGACUACAAGUACCGGCCGCGCAAAAAGAGCAAGGGGGCGCCCGCCAAGGCGCGGCCCCGCCCCCCCGGCGGUGGCGGUGGCGGCAGCCGGCUCAAGCCCGGGCCGCAGCUGCCGGGCCGCGGGGGCCGCCGAGCAGCGGGAGGGCCUUUGGGGGGCGGCGCGGCGGCGCCCGAAGACGACGAGGACGACGACGACGAGGAGCUGUUGGAAGUGCGCCUGGUAGAGACCCCGGGGCGGGAGCUAUGGAGGAUGGUCCCAGCGGGACGGGCCGCCCGGGGACAAGCGGAGCGUGCCCAAGGGCCGUCGGGCGAAGGGGCGGCCGCCACCGCCGCUUCCCCGACACCGUCGGAGGACGAGGAGCCGGAGGAAGAGGAGGAGGAGGCGGCAGCGGCAGAGGAAGGCGAAGAGGAGACGGUGGCGUCAGGGGAGGAGCCGCUGGGCUUUCUGUCCAGGCUGCCCCCGGGCCCCGCCGGCCUGGACUGCAGCGCCCUGGACCGCGACCCGGACCUGCCGCCCCCAUCGGGCACGUCGCACUUCGAGUUCCCGGACUACUGCACCCCCGAGGUUACCGAGAUGAUCGCAGGGGACUGGCGCCCGUCUAGCAUCGCCGACCUGGUUUUCACCUACUGA